GCUGAGAUCACGCCACUGCACUCCAGCCUGGGCAACAGAGCGAGACUCCAUUUAAAAAAAAUAAAUACUCCAGGAAGCAGCUACUGUCAUCGCCAUCUUUGAACAGAGGAGGAAACUGAGGCACAGCAUGGCUGACUUGCUCACUCAGGGCCACAUAUUGAGGUCCCCAGGUUGGGUUAGAUCCCCAAUUCACAGACACAGAAAGUGAAGUCACACAGGGCAGGUCAUAGCAGCCCUGCCGGUGUUUGGAGCCCUGGACAGCCUGACUGCCAAGCUCAGAGCUGGCCCAGGAGCCCAGCCCCCACCCUUCCUUCCCUGCACCUGGGCAAGCCCAGCCUUUCUGCCUAGCUCUUCUCCGUCUUCCCAGGCCUGGCACGGCCUUUGUGGCCCCCGCAAGAUCAGGAGCUUAUGUCGGGAAGGGAGCGCCUACCGGGGAAGCCAGCAGGGCUUGGAGCUGCCCAGGAGGGCCCAGGGUGGGGCCCCUGCCUAGUCAUUAUAAACAUGUUCAGUUCCUCUGUUUGUCCUGCCCUCUUUGCAGUGCCCAGAGGAAAGGGGUGGCCCCAGGCAAAUAUCCGGAGGUGUGCCCCUUGCCCCCUUGGGGGUUUAUGGGUGGGAGGGCAGGAGGCCAGGCUUCGGAGGACAUACCCCAGACCCCGUGCUGCUAGCUGGGUCAGCCGCCUGCCUUCCAGGCUUCUCCUGCCCUGUCCCCAGGCGUCCGCCACCUCCAGGUCUUCCCUGCUCUCCACCCUCUGGGCUUAGUGAGGGUCACAUGGCUGAUCCUGUUCCUGUGACUGUGGGAACAGCCUAGUGCCCCGCAGUGGGGAGGGAGCGGGAUGGGCGGGGUGACAGGUUCACGAUGAAGAGUCACGGGCUGGGCAUGGGGCCAAAGGCGGUGGAGGGACAUCUGGGAGGACGGAGAGGCCAGAGGACAUGGGACACAGCUCUGGAGUGACAGCAGGCAGAGUGGGGAGAUGGGGACUGCUGGGAUGAGUAACCCGAAGCCUCUAGAGGAGUGGUCACCCGCCUGAGGGCACUUCUGUCCCACCAGCAUCAGACCAGGCCGCACCGAGCCGCCCAGAAUCAUGUUUGGGAAGAGGAAGAAGCGGGUGGAGAUCUCCGCGCCGUCCAACUUCGAGCACCGCGUGCACACGGGCUUCGACCAGCAUGAGCAGAAGUUCACGGGGCUGCCCCGCCAGUGGCAGAGCCUGAUCGAGGAGUCGGCUCGCCGGCCAAAGCCCCUCAUCGACCCCGCCUGCAUCACCUCCAUCCAGCCCGGGGCCCCCAAGACCAUCGUGCGGGGCAGCAAAGGUGCCAAGGAUGGGGCGCUCACGCUGCUGCUGGAUGAGUUUGAGAACAUGUCGGUGACACGCUCCAACUCCCUGCGGAGAGACAGCCCGCCACCGCCCGCCCGUGCCCGCCAGGAAAAUGGGAUGCCGGAGGAGCCGGCCACCACGGCCAGAGGGGGCCCGGGGAAGGCAGGCAGCCAAGGCCGGAUCGCCAGUCACAGCGAGGCGGGUGGCGGCAGUGGUGACAGGCGACGGGUGGGGCCAGAGAAGAGGCCCAAGUCUUCCAGGGAGGGCUCAGGGGGGCCCCAGGAGUCCUCCCGGGACAAACGCCCCCUCUCCGGGCCUGACGUCGGCACCCCCCAGCCUGCUGGUCUGGCCAGUGGGGCGAAAUUGGCAGCUGGCCGGCCCUUUAACACCUACCCGAGGGCUGACACGGACCACCCAUCCCGGGGUGCCCAGGGGGAGCCUCAUGACGUGGCCCCCAACGGGCCAUCAGCGGGGGGCCUGGCCGUCCCCCAGUCCUCCUCCUCCUCCUCCCGGCCUCCCACCCGAGCCCGAGGCGCCCCCAGCCCUGGAGUGCUGGGCCCCCACGCCUCAGAGCCCCAGCUGGCCCCUCCAGCCCGCACCCCAGCCGCCCCAGCCGCCCCUGCUGCCCCAGCCGUGCCCGGGCCCCCUGGCCCCCGCUCGCCACAGCGGGAGCCGCAGCGAGUAUCCCAUGAGCAGUUCCGGGCUGCCCUGCAGCUGGUGGUGGACCCAGGUGACCCCCGCUCCUACCUGGACAACUUCAUCAAGAUUGGCGAGGGCUCCACGGGCAUUGUGUGCAUCGCCACCGUGCGCAGCUCGGGCAAGCUUGUGGCCGUCAAGAAGAUGGACCUGCGCAAGCAGCAGAGGCGCGAGCUGCUCUUCAACGAGGUGGUGAUCAUGAGGGACUACCAGCACGAGAAUGUGGUGGAGAUGUACAACAGCUACCUGGUGGGGGACGAGCUCUGGGUGGUCAUGGAGUUCCUGGAAGGAGGCGCCCUCACCGACAUCGUCACCCACACCAGGAUGAACGAGGAGCAGAUCGCGGCCGUGUGCCUGGCAGUGCUGCAGGCCUUGUCGGUGCUCCACGCCCAGGGCGUCAUCCACCGGGACAUCAAGAGCGACUCGAUCCUGCUGACCCAUGACGGCAGGGUGAAGCUGUCAGACUUCGGGUUCUGUGCCCAGGUGAGCAAGGAAGUGCCCCGAAGGAAGUCGCUGGUCGGCACGCCCUACUGGAUGGCCCCAGAGCUCAUCUCCCGCCUUCCCUACGGGCCAGAGGUGGACAUCUGGUCACUGGGGAUAAUGGUGAUUGAGAUGGUGGACGGAGAGCCCCCCUACUUCAACGAGCCACCCCUCAAAGCCAUGAAGAUGAUUCGGGACAACCUGCCGCCCCGACUGAAGAACCUGCACAAGGUGUCACCAUCCCUGAAGGGCUUCCUGGACCGCCUGCUGGUGCGGGACCCUGCCCAGCGGGCCACGGCAGCUGAGCUGCUGAAGCACCCAUUCCUGGCCAAGGCGGGGCCGCCCGCCAGCAUCGUGCCCCUCAUGCGCCAGAACCGCACCAGAUGAGGCCCAGCGCCCUUCCCCUCGACCAAAGAGCCCCCCGGGUCACCCCCGCCCCACCGAGGCCAGUAGGGGGCCAGGCCUCCCACUCCUCCCAGCCCGGGAGAUGCUCCGUGUGGCGCCGCCCUCCUUGCCGGGGGUAGAUGGGACCCUACUACUGAACUCCGGUUUUGAUCUCGUGACUUUUAGAAAAACACAGGGACUCGUGGGAGCAAGUGAGGCUCCCAGGACCCUCACCCUCUGGGACAGGCCCUCCCCCGUGUUCUUGUCUCCAGGAGGACAGCGGCCCUCCCAUCACUGGAAGUCUGCAGUGGGGGUUGCUGGGGGUGGAGAGAACACUAAGAGAGGUGAACGUGUGUGUGAGUGUGCACGCGUGCGAGUGUGCAUGUGCAUGUGUGCAAAGAUCCAGCCACCCCGUCCUCCAGCCUGCAACGGGGUAUCUGGCGCCUUGCCUGACACCCAGCCCUCCCCCUGAGCCAUUGUGGGGGUCGAUCAUGAAUGUCCGAAGAGUGGCCUUUUCCCGUAGCCCUGCACCCCCUUUCUGUGGCUGGAUGGGAAGACAGGGUCAGGGCCCCCCACCCUCUCCAGCCCCUGCAGCAAAUGACUACUGCACCUGGACAGCCUCCUCUUUUCUAGAAGUCUAUUUAUAUUGUCGUUUUAUAACACUCUAGCCCCUGCCCCUAUUGGGGGACAGAUGGUCCCUGUCCUACGGGGUGGCCCGGGCAGAACCACUGCCUGGAGACCCAGGUUCCUGCCCGGUCAGCGCAGCCCCGGCCCCCCCACCCCUGCCUCGAGUUAGUUUUACAAUUAAAACGUUCUCUUGUUUUG